AUGUCUUCUCUAGAACCCCAUAACACUGCGGUUACAUCUUUCAAUGCUAAUCAUGCAUCCUACGAUCAAUUGAGACCCUCAUUUGAUGAUAAGAUUGUUAAUGCAUUUUUAAGUAAUUUAGGAUUGAAAGACAAUGACAAGUACAGGACAGAUAAGAAAAUCUUGGAAUUAGCAAGUGGUACCGGUAAAUUUACUAAAUGUUUAGUGGAAAGAGGAUGGGAACACGGUAAUAUAGAGGUGGUUGAGCCAUCUUCAGGGAUGUUGGAUACUUUCCGAAAGAACUUUCCAAAGGUCAAGGCAAAACUAGGAUCUUCAUAUGAGAUUCCAGCUGAAGACUCUUCAAUCGAUGCUGUUGUAGUUGCUCAAGGAUUUCAUUGGUUCUCUGAUCUUGAUUCCCUAAAAGAAAUUAAUCGUGUAUUGAAAAAGGAUGGAUACUUCGGAUGUAUUUGGAAUUACGAUUGUCCUACAAUUGGUCAAACUCUAUUGAAUCUCGAUGCUAAAAUUAAUUAUAUAUUCGAAGGCCCCGAGAAAAGCCACUUUGAUUCUUUAGUAAGGGUAAAGCCAAGAAGUCUCAACAAGCCAUUGGAAAUCUCCAAUGAAUUUUUUGAACAAUCUCCAUGGGCUAUAGCUGUUGCUGAACAUGUAUAUUCGUACGAUAUCAAAGUGCCACAGUAUCGUCGAGCUGUAUGGCGUAAACUAUUAAAUUCGAGCGAAGCUGCUUCUCUUUUCACCCCAAUUUUAGAUGAAAAUUUCCUUCUUUUUAUGACGACUACAACACCUGAUGAUGUCUUCAAAUUAUGGGAAACUAGAUCGUACAUCACUGAGUUGUCAAAUGAAAAGAAAGAGGAACUUAGAUUGAAGAUUAACGAUAUUUUAUCCAAAACUGUAAGAGAGAGCGAUAAAAUUAACGACAAUGAAUCUACUUUAUUAAAGAAGGCUUUAGGUACCCAUACCAUCACAACUAGGGCUCUCAAAUAA